CCCUCGCCGUACCUCGCAUCCAAACACAGGCUAAGAGUCCGUGGGAAACGACCACGCCGCGGUGCCGCACCUUCCUGCCCAUUUUCCCGUACCAUAGACGCUACCCACCUACCUGACCUCACGUUUUAUUAGUUGGAGUUGAAUUGAAUUUCGAUUCUGAUUGAAAGAAAGCUACCAGAUAGAUACCUUCCCCUGUAUUUUCUCCGCCAAGUAAGGAGAGGAUGAGCUUUGAAGAUCUUGAAUCGGGACGGUCUUUGACCGGAAGGCAACACCAGCGGAGACUUGAAGACGCUUCUUCUUCACAGGCCGUUGCUGCCGGCGUCUUUCAGAUCAACACCGCCGUUAACUCCUUCCAGCGCCUCGUUAACUCCCUCGGAACCCCCAAGGACACUCUCGAACUCCGUCAGAAGCUCCACAAGUCCAGGCAACACAUUGGUCAACUGGUUAAAGAGACGUCGGCUAAGCUUAGACAAGCUAGUGAAACAGAUCAUCACACCGAAAUUAGUGCUAGCCAAAAGAUUGCCGAUGCUAAGCUGGCAAAAGAUUUUCAGUCAGUUCUUAGAGAAUUUCAGAAGGCUCAACGGCUUGCAGCUGAGAGGGAGACUGUGUACGCUCCUUUUGUUCCCAAAGAAGUUCUUUCACCCAGGGUAGAUUCAUCCAACAGUCUUGAACGGUCGUCCAACAGUCCUGACCAGUUUUCUCUUCUUGUUGAAUCUAAAAGACAGGAAGUGGUGGUGUUGGAAAAUGAGAUAGUGUUCAAUGAUGCCAUCAUUGAAGAAAGGGAGCAAGGUAUCAAAGAAAUUCAGCAUCAGAUUGGUGAGGUGAACGAGAUUUUCAAGGAUCUUGCCGUGCUGGUUCACGAACAAGGAGUCGUGAUUGAUGACAUUAGCUCGAACAUUCAGCGCUCUGCUGCUAGAACUACCGAAGCUACUUCUCAACUGGCAAAAGCAUCCAAGAGUCAAAGAUCGAAUUCAUCUCUGGCUUGUCUACUGUUGGUAAUCUUUGGGGUCAUUCUGAUUAUUGUGGUGAUAAUAGUGGUAGCAUGACCAGACCAGCAUAAAGCCAGUUCUUUGGUGAAGCAACUCCCUCAAAUGAGUUGGGUCUGUCAUCUGAUGUAUGCUAAUCUUCAUCUAUUUGUUAUAUAUAUAUAUGUAAAAACAGAUCCCCCUCUUUGCAGAUUUAUGGCCAGCAGACUUGAUACAAAUGUUUUGUUCUUAUAUUUGUUUCCUUGAACAAAGCCAAUGUAAACUUGAGGAAUCACAGUCCUAAACGGGUAAUAUGUACAGACCUACCAAAUGUUUUGUUCUUAGGAGGCACGAACCCCAAACUCGUUCCAACACAUUAAAUCCAAUUCCUUUUAGUGUUCAA